AUGCCAGUGCACUGGGCUGGUCAUCCGUGUGAUAUGCAGCGCAUCAACGAAAUUGCUGAAAAAUACGAUCUCAAAGUGAUUGCGGAUGCUUGCCAUGCCAUAGGAGCCCGACUCGACGGCAAGGGCAUGGCACAACAUUCCGAUUUAACCUGUUUUAGUAUGCAUCCGUUAAAAAACCUCAAUGUUUGGGGAGAUGGCGGCAUUAUCAUUACUAAUGAUGAAUCCUUAGCUGGACGGCUCUCGUUGUUGAGGAAUCACGGAUUGGUGAAUCGAGAUGAAUGCGCUGUUUUUGCCUAUAAUUCCAGGUUGGAUACCAUUCAGGCGGUUAUUGCUCAACAUAUCAUUGAUGAGAAACUGCAGACUAUCACGGCUACUCGAAUUCGUAAUGCAGCUCACCUGGACAGAGCAUUGUUAAAUAUGCCACAGGUCAGGCUUCCUGAAAGGACUGCUAAUCGUUUGUCGGUUUACCAUCUAUAUUCUGGCAUUUUUGAACGACGAGAUGAACUACAGGCGUUUUUACAGGCCAAGGGGAUUGAUGCCAAAAUACAUUAUCCCGUGCCAAUGCAUUUGCAGCCAGCGGCAAAGGGCUUGGGGUAUCAACGAGGCGACUUUCCGCAGGCAGAAUUCACCGCGGAUAACAUACUGUCACUCCCUGUACACGAACACAUAGCUGCCGAGCAAUGUGACUUUAUGGUCGAGUGUAUUAAACAAUUUUAUGAGAAGAGUUGA